CGUAGCAGGUUGUCUGUCAUGUCAGUAUGGCUGCCAUCAGGAGCGGGUUGACUCCGGGCUGCUUAACAAGAUGUUUCCUAAGACAGACAGGCAAACCAAGCCGAGGCGGCCAUCCUCUCUCAGACAUCUGGAACCACCAGUUAAUCCAGAGGUCACGUCUCCACACAGUGUUUGAGUGCCGCAGCCCUGCCACCAGGGCUCUGCUGGGCCGCAGACACCAUGACAAGUUCCUCUGGGUGAACGCUGUGGCCGUCAGACACAACAGCUCACAGAUCCCGCCUGAUGGUGGAUCCAUUGCAGCUCCAGUAAUAGAAACUUUAAACAGUCCUCCAGUCCUGGAGUCCGUCACACAGACAAUCACUGAACAGAUCCAUGCUGGGACGGUUUCCAGUGUGUUACCAGCAGCAGAGAGCUCUGCUCUUCCUCUCGUGUCUGCUGACCCCGCUCCUGUUUUAACACAGCCGGUCUUUGAGCAGGUGGCUGAUGCUGCACCGACUGCAGUGGAGGUCCUACAGGCCGUUGCUGGAGAGCCUCGUUUAGCAGAGCUUGGACUAGCUGGUCACACGCCAGUGGGGCUGAUCCAGAAUAUGUUAGAGUUCAUUCACAUGGAUCUGGGUUUGCCCUGGUGGGGAGCCAUUGUUGUGGCGACCGUGUUGGCUCGCUUGGCUGUGUUUCCCGUCAUAGUGAAGGGCCAGCGAGAGGCGGCGAAGCUGAACAACGUGCUGCCCGAGAUGACCAAACUGACCAACAGGAUGAAUGAGGCCAAGCAGAGCGGAAACAAAUUUGAAUUUUCCAAAGCGUACUCUGACCUGAACCUGUUCCAGAAGAAACAUGACGUGAAUCCUCUUCGUGGCUUCCUGAUUCCUUUGGUGCAGACACCUGUCUUCAUCUCCUUCUUCAUCGCCCUGAGAAAGAUGGCCUAUCUACCAGUGCCCAGCAUGCAGACAGGAGGCGCGCUGUGGUUUGCAGACCUGACGGCAUCAGAUCCUUUCUAUAUUCUGCCUUUGGCGGUCACUGGAACGAUGUUCUUCAUCCUGGAGCUGGGUGCAGAGUCUGGGAUUGACAACCCCAACCUGCGAGCCAUGAAGACAGUGUUCAGGAUCAUGCCUUUAGUCAUCUUCCCUCUCACCAUCAACUUCCCCACGGCAGUCUUUACCUACUGGCUGACCUCAAACUGCUUCUCCCUGUGUCAAGUGGCUCUGCUCAGACACCCCUUAAUCAGAAAAAAGUUGAAGAUCCCUGAAAGGAUCAAGCACCCGGCCUCCGCUCUGCCACAGAGCGACGGAUUGAUCGAAAGCAUGAAAAAGGGUUGGAAGAAUGCUCAGCUGGCCCACCAGCUGGAAGAGCGUGAGCGAAGAAUAAAAAAUCAUCUGGACCUCGCUGCCAAAGGUCCACUGAGACAGACUUUUACCCACAAUCCUCUUGAGCAGAAGCCUCCCAUUGCAGCAGCAUCAGCUAAAGACAAGUCUGCUGGAAGCAGGGCGAGACCAUGGAAGGACACUAUUGGAUAACUCCAACCAGCUGUCAGCGUCGCAGUAAUGAUGAAUUGUGUACAUAUUUAUGGAUAGAAGAGAGGUUGGGGGUAUGAAUAUGUGUUCUAAUAAAAAUGUAAACUGCCUCAA